CCAAAUGGGAGUUUGAUAUUCCCAAGUUUUGGGACUUUUCUAACUCUAUACCACAACAAAGACCUAGUGAGAGUUGGUUUUAAUAUUUCAGGGCCGUCUUUUCCUGUAAAGAAAAAGAGAAGGGCACUGAAGAUGAGCACAACAAAACAAACACGACCUACCAAAGAUAGUGUGUUUGAUAGACUAGCACGCGAAAAUACUAUUUCUUUUUCAAACAAGCAUGAAUUGAUCAUUGAAGACAAUAGAGAAGCCAUAUCUGAAAAAGUAGCUCGUCUAGAAAAAGCUUCUCUGCCCUAUCGUCCUUUGAAUAAAAAAGAAGCCACAAAAAGAACAAAAGAACCGAUAAAAAGCAAACCAGAGGAUAAAACAAAUCAUCGUGUAAUGACACAGGCUCGCUCUUCUUUUGCUCUUCAAAAGAUUCGUCAUAGUAUUCAAGAAGAACAGCCUGUGGUGGACCAAGAAGAACGUCUCACUCGAGAAAUGACACGACACUUUUUCAAUGAAUUAACACACAAGACAGCAACAGACAAUCAAACGCAACAGCCUUCAUUAAAACACAAAGAAGCAUCACAGGUGCAAGCCACCAUAUCUUUGAAACAAUCAGAUCAGCCCCCAACACCUCAGGAACCAUCUAUUUUAAGUAAAGCCUCAAAGGCACCACAAGAGCAACCAUCUACCAUAUCAAAGCCGCCAGUACCCGUUCUCAAGAAAACAAAAGAUCAAGCGGUAUUACCUUCAAAAAAACCUCAAGAUCAAUCAAUCAACAAGUCGAAUAAUAUAGACAUGCAGAAAGAAAAAUCCACUCAAAAACCCUUGUUGGAAAAGAAGAUCUUUAGACAGAAACGACUAUCAGAAAUCAUGUUCUUUACAGACGACAGAAUCAAACGGGCUCGUUUGGUAUUAGCUGCCUCAAAAGAAAAAUCCAAAUUGUUUACUAUGGAAUCUAAUCCUGUUCAACCACUUUUAUUGCAACGCCAACCCUCAAACAAAUCAGUAGCUAAGUUAAAAAAAUCCACUUCUACUUCUGUUCCUUACUUGCCUUUUACACCAACGAUACCCAAGAGUCCUGCCAUUCGCAAAUAAAAAUUGAUUUGCCGCUAUUUGUGACCAUUGAAACUUUUUUUUCUCUCUCUCUUUUGCUUUUUUUUCUAUAUUAUGGAAGUAACUUCACAGACAGAGAUCCCCAAGAAAGCAGUACGUGCCUUAAGAGUACGUCUUCAAGUUGUUAAGAAGCACUUGGACCCUGUUUUAGCUAGACCUAUCAAUGAUAUCUUUUCUAAAUUAUCACUUACCGAGAGAUAUGAAUUAGAAGUCUUAUUGUCUUAUUCUCUAAACACUUUGUUCUACAUCUAUUUGAGAACACAAGGCUCAGACCCUCAAAAGCAUGAUGUGA